CUUAAGUGGCUGUUAAGUCGUUUACUUAAAUCAAGUCAACCUGCGGCAAUAUCCCGAUCUAGCAUGUCAUCGGAACCAGAGAGGAAGCGUGUCAAGCGCAUUGUGCCUUUUCUCGAGGCACACGAGUAUUUGUAUGGCGUGCGCGCGGUAGAACGCGACCCAGACACGGGCCAGGUCACAUCUGUGCUCUGCAUGUUCUGCGCCGCUUUCGGACGAGAGGCCGAUCCAAAAGAAUCUGAACGACAACGCGCUCGAACACAAAGGCCCAAAUAUUGGAGCGGCCCCACGUUCCGUACAGACAACUACAAGUCGCACUUCAGGUUGCAGCAUCCUGUUAGAUGGAGUCAGUACCAGGACCUGCCUCCAGUGCAGAAACAGAGAUACUUUGACAAUGUUCCAGCGCUCCCCAAGAAACAACAGUCGCGCAGAUCUCUGGACAGCAAUGAGCGUGCUGCAGUGAAAACUCCGGUGCAGCCGCUAGUAGCGACGCCUACUGAACCGGAGAGUAGAGACAAUGGGGCAACCGUGUCGGCUCCUGCUACCCCAGAGCCUACACUUGCGUCUACUAUUCAGUCUCCAGUUAAAACUGUAGAUUCUUCCCCAGCAGCUCCAAUGGAUGGCGAUGUGUUAGCGUUUCUAUUGGACCGAGACGUGGUGGAUGUGGCCUUGGGUGAUGUGCUGUUUCGAGCGGAAGAUGUUAAUUCAGGGGUCGGUAGCAGUUUAGCGGUGUUCGAAAGCACAUUGGAUGAAAGAGAUAUAUUGGAUCAGCAGAAUUCGGACGGUACAGCAGAAGUUCGAGUGAUAGUUCGAUCAGUGACGCUGUUCCACCGCGUGGUGGAUUUAUUAGCUGCGGGGCUGAGCUUUGACCAAACUGCGACGAUUUGUCAGACACAGAAGAGCACAAGAAUCGGUGAUAAUACGUUUGUGCCACAGAUCGCUCGUGUAGCAGUUGGCGCCAACCUUCAAGCACUUGGUCGAAUAUUACAGAGGAGCUGGGCGUUUUCAUUAAGUCUCCACAGUGUGGACCGCAGACGACCAUUUCUUGAUGUGCGUGUGCGUGUAUAUUGUGCAGAGAAGAUUGUAUCCUUCCAUUUACUGUCGCUACAAGUGGAAAUUGGAGAUCCAAGCAGUACGGGUGAAAUUAUGUUCGACACAUUGGUGACGUUUCUUCAGGCUGUAAACAAGCGUUGGCUCCAUAAAGUCAUUGGAUGCUGCACUGAAGUGACCGACUCAGAGGUCGGUGCUGUUGCUCUCAGUCUUGGUCGAAAAAUAGAGCAGCAAGCACUUCCUGGGUUUGUCCGUGUAUCAAGUGCACGGCCUCCUUUGGAUACAUUGAUGCAACAUUUCUUCGACUCCGUUCUGUUCGUUGAUAAUGCCGAAUGGUACUCGCAUCUCACAAGUUUGUUGGCGUAUCUCCAGCGUCAGGUUGCCACAGGAAACGCUGAAGAGCUAACUGCUGCGUCAGUGACUACUUGUCCCCAUCUUGGAGAUACAUCAUGGUGGAAGUUAACUGAGGUUAUGCGCUGGUUUGAUAACGCGAGGGUCCCUAUCCAGCGUCUUCUAGCUCGAAGGAAUGCGUCUGUUGCACCAUGUUCGACUUGGUGGCUUAAUCUCAAGAUAGCGCUUGUAGUGGGAUCUAUCGCGAUUAAAACACGCGCUGGUUUACAAGUAGGUUAUGUGACCUUGAUGUCGCAGCAGCCCCAGCGGAUAGCCAUGCUGCGUCUUGCUCUGGCCGGUGACGUGGGUGUGGAAGGACCUCUGCCAGCGUAUCAACGUGCUGCCCUGCGUGAUCAGAGUGGCUUGGGAGAAAUGAUGGGCUCAACGGAUGGGAUGUUCGCUGUCAAGCCUCACUCGAUUGUCGCCUUUGUGCGGGGAAUGGGCAGCUGGUCUGCCGAGCUGUUUGAUGAACUCGAUGCCCACGAUCGACAGAAGAUUAUCGUGAGUACUGCCGAUAGGAUGCUGGAAUUUGUGCAGGGUUUGCAUAGUCUGGCAGAAAAACUGGAGGAACACGGUAGUAGCUGCUCAAGUCUGAGCGCUUUCCCGCCGGUACUACCUCACCAAAUUGCGCUCUUGAAUCCUGUCGACUUUCAAGAAAUUAUUCGCGUGUAUCGUCCACGAUUGACUGGGUCUUUCCCCGAUGCCAAGCUUUCUGCCAUUGAGACUCAACAACAAGAACUACGAACUGCUGCGAACGAAGCUCCUAUACGACAGCUCCUUGAUCAAAGUGCUGAUAAUUCGCCAUCAAGUUUUGAUCAGUCUUGGGAAGCCCUGCGAUCUCGGUGGAACUUACUCGCUGACUUUUGCGGUAGUCUAGCCACAGUAUUUCCAACCUCAAACACCAGCAAGGAGAGAUUCGUUGCGGUUGAUGCUGCUGGAUCGCAACGUAAAGUCGCUGACUUUCCGCUUGAAGCAAGCCUGCAAUGCCAGCAAUUUGCUAAACUGCAGGCUCUGAUCGCUAGCUCGGGCGAUAGGUAGCAACGGGUAAAGACUACGACUUCAACGAGUGUUCUUGGGGGUCAGGAUUGCAAAAAGGAUGCAAAAGAACACUGCGUGGAAAGAGGAAAAGCUUAAAGGCUAAUGCAAAACUAAAACUAUCUAGGCCGUCGCGAGCGACAAAUAAAAAAUGAUUCUGCAGGCUGCAGGCGGAGGCAAGAGGCAGGCAGAACCGCGGGGCAGAGGCGUUGUGAUCAUCUCUUCUCAUGUUUUCGUUUAGCUACGACCCCCACCAAUUGUGUCUUUCCCCGUGAUCUUGAGCAUAUUUCUUUGUGUAAUUCCUUUCCACCAAAACCCACCAAAGCAAUGACGACCCAACACCAACGACACAAAAAGCAGGAGCCGCAGCUCCCCGAACUUCCUCCUUCACUGCUUCCCAGCCUCAGCACAGGAAGCCCGCUGCCGCCUCACCGAAAUCGUGCAUGGCCAAACACACGACACCACAAGACGC